AUGCAAGACGAACAACAUUCAAAAAAAUUGGGUCGUAUUCUUCUUGGUAUUUGUGGAGGAAUUGGUUUUGGCAAGUCUGACUGUGCUUUCCCAACACGUGAACAAUUAGAUAAUAUAUUCAAUUUAUUAAAACAAUAUUCAACAAAACAACGUCAACAUCUUAUUGAUCUUGGAAGUGGUGAUGGACGAAUUGUAUUUGAAGCAAUUCAACAAGGUUUUCCACGUGCUACUGGUAUUGAAAUAAAUCGUGUACUUGUUUAUUAUGCUCGUUUAAAAGCAUAUUUAUCUAAUCAAGGAAAGAUUUGUCAAUUUAAACGAGCAAAUCUUUGGAAACAUGAUUUAUCAAAAUAUGAUACAAUUGUUUUAUUUGGUGUUGAUACAAUGAUGGAACCAUUAUUAAAAAAAUUAUCGAAAGAAAUAACUGAUGAAAGUAUUGUUAUAACAUGUCGUUAUCAAUUUCCAAUAAAAUUUGAUUGUACACUUGGUGAAGAUAAAAAAUUUCCAUUCUUUUUUAAAUUAACAACAACAACAACAAUAACAAAAGAUAUGUCAUCAUCAAAUAUAGGUGAUGGUAAUCUUAGUGAUUAUUAUCCACAACAAAAUCAACCAUCACAAACAGCUAUAACAGCAUUUUUAGCUAAAUUAUGGGCACUUGUUAAUGAUCCAUCAUGUGAUGAUCUUAUUGCAUGGGAUCCAUCUGGUGGUUCAUUUCAUGUAUUUGAUCAAUCACGUUUUGCACGUGAAAUUUUACCACGAUAUUUUAAACAUAAUAAUUUUGCAUCAUUUAUACGACAAUUAAAUAUGUAUGGUUUUCGUAAAAUAUCAACUAUUGAACAUGGUUCAUUAAAAAGUGAACAUGAUGAUAUUGAAUUUGCACAUCCAAAUUUUAUACGUGGACAUGAUACAUUAUUAGAAUUAAUUAAACGACGUGCACCUGAUAAUCAACAAAAAUUAAAUAUACAUACAACUAAAACAGAAUUACCAAUAUCAUCACCAUCAACAUCAUCAACAUCAACAUCAUCAGCACUUGUAUCAACAAAUUAUAUUGAUACAAAACCAACACGUUCAAUUGAAUUAUCACAUUUACUUGAUGAUGUUAGAAAUUUACAAGCUAAACAAACAUCAUUAAGUGAUAAAUUAUUUCAUAUGCAAGAUGAAAAUCAAGCAUUAUGGCGUGAAAUGAGUAUAUUAAAACAAAAACAUUCUAAACAACAACAAAUUGUAUCAAAAUUAAUGGAAUUUCUUUUACAUUUUCUUACAAAUUCAACACAAACACAACGUCCAUUAGUUGAACAACAAUCAACUGAACAAUCUCAACAACAACAAACAAAACAUCAUACAAUAACAAAUCCACAAAUAUCAACUAAUAGUCUUAAACGUAAACCAGCUGCACUUAUGCUUAGUGAAGAACCAAAUAAACGUACAACACAACAACAACAUCAUAAUCAUCAUCAUCAACAACAACAUAUUUUAUCACAACCAAUUAAUAUUGAACGACAAGGUAUUACAAUUAAUGAAUUAACAGAUAAUGAUACAGGUGGUUGGCUUCAUACAACAGAUACAUCACCAUUAGUUGAUCUUGUACCAUCACCACCACCGAUACCAUUACCGGCACCAUCUCAAUCAUCGUCAAUACAAUCUAUUGAUGAUCAUUAUCAACAACAACAACCACCGACUAAUUAUGAAUGGACUGUUCAAACAAAUGAAAUUCGUGAUACAUUAAAUUUUCCACAACAAAAUAAAUCUUAUAAAACAAUUGGCAAUGGAAAUAAUGAAAGUCAAUCGACAUAUAUUCCAGAUUUUUUUUUAAAUACAGAUAAUAAUCAUGAAAUAAAAUCAAAUAUUGGACAAAUAGAUGAAGUUAAUUUAACAGACAUCAAUACGUCAUCAACAAAAAUGCUUCCAAUAAUAAAAGCUGAAGAAAUAAAUUUUCCAAAUACAUUUCCUCAAAAAUCAUCAACAUUAAAUUCUUCAAUUUAUUCUAAUAAUAAUAAUAAACAAUCAAAACUCAUACAACCAACGAAUUCAUCUGAAAUAAUUGUACCUUUUUCUUUACAUGAUAUAAGUGGCGAUGUUAAUCAUAUUCAAACAUCACUUGAUAAUAUACGUGAAUUAAUGUUUGAUAAUUUACCUGAUAGUGCAACAAUUGAAGAUUUAUUUUGUGAUGAUCAUGUAUUACUUUCACCAUUAUUGACUAAUAAUAGUCAAACAACAAAUAUAUUAACAGAUAAUACUCAUGAUGAAAAAGUCAAUAAUCAUUAUACAUAUCCAACAAAUUCAAAUGAUAUUAAUAAUACAACAGCAUCAAAAUGUAAACAAGUAAUGCUUCAUAAAAGUGAAUUACCAUCGAAAAUUUCUGAAAUUGAUGUUAAUAAUCAAUUACUUGAGCAAUUAAUCAAUGAAACAGCUAUUAUUGAAGAGCAACGUCAAACAAUAAAUCAAUUAGAACGUGAAAAAAUGAAUUUAGAAGGAAAAAUUCAUAGAUAUGAACAACAACAACAACAACAACAGCAGCAGCACACAAAUCAAAGAAAAUAA